AUGCCUGACUGGAGCGACCCCAAGGAGCUCCAGCACGAGAGUGUGGCCUACACGAAUGUCAUCUUCGCAUGCUUUGGAUUGUACAUUUGGGAAGUCUUCCAGACCUUCGACUUCGAGCUCUCCUUGCUUCGUGGCCGCCGCAAGUUCCGCUUGGAAUGGGUCUUCCCUCCAGUCUUCAUGUUCGUUUGCCGGUACAGUCUUGUCCCCUCCGUCGCUGCGUUGAUGGCCUCCUUCACGGUGAAAUCCCCGAUCAACUGCCAAGGCCUUUACACCUUCAUCUCGGUAACGGGGAACCUCUCCAUCAUCUGCGCAUCCGCCACCCUCGCCUUUAGAGUCAUCGCGCUCUGGCGGCGGCAGCUCGUCGUUUCCCUCUUGGUUGGCGCUCUCUGCCUCGGCGAUUGGGCCCUGCUCGUCCGCGGAAUGUUCGUUAUGUCCGCGACGUACGAUCCCACCGCGCUCGCGUGCUCGGCGACGACGAACCACCUCAGGUGGCUGGGGGCGACGUUCUGGACGACGCUGGCCUACAACUUCGUGCUUCUCGUCUUUUACGUCGUCGGCCUCAUGCGCCGGGAUCAUGGUGCGACCCUGUGGGAGCUGCUCGUUGAGGAUGGCGUGAUCUGCUACCUUGUGGCGUUCUCGGCAAACGCCCCUGCUGCGGUGAUGACCGUGUUGAACCUGACUCCAAUCAUGGACCUCAUCUGCAUUGUUCCUGCCGCUGUCUUGACUGCGAUGGCCGCCUGCCGAACAGUGACUACUCUCCGACCCGUCGAUGACAACGACGACCCGUACGUACACAGCGCGACGCAGCUCUCGCCCGCGACGACCCGCCCGCCUUUGCGCUUCUCCUCCCGCUACCCCCCGCGCCCGGAGGUGCACGUCACGACGGACCACAUUGUCAUGCAGGACUUCGAGCCGAGCCCCUCAACCGCCAAGUCCGACCUGAAGGCGCCAUCCCUGACGCACGACGAGUCGGCCGAACAAAAGGCCUUCCACGCCGUAUGA